AUGAUGUGGGUAAUUCUUUCCUGGGUAAUGGUCGCAUCUAUCUGCUACUACAUUCUGAAGCGUGUGGACAUUUCUUCUGAUGAGAGCAUCAACGCUCAAAAUAAAUAUUUGUCGUCAAAUUCUGUUUGCUCAACAAACAGUCGUCAAAACUAUGAAUGGGUCAAUGACCUUAUCAGCUGGAUAUAUUCAAAUGUCACCGGAGUACCUGAACCCUUGAAAGAAUGGAUUAAAUCUUUGAACGAAGCUGCAAAGAAAGUUAGCUCAAACAAAUGCGGAAUUAUAUUUGAAAGAUUUGGAGAGCAUUUAGCAGAUGCUCAACCUCCGAAGAUUGAUAAUGUCCGUGUUGAGAAAGGACCGCGCGACCAUCUAACUAUAAGAUCAAGUAUUCAUAUCCCUACUCUUUCCUUGCACAUAGUUUCUUCUCAACGAACGACAGAUCGUCUCAUUGUCAGCAACAUGCAAGCUGUUAUCACAGACUUGAGAGGAGAGGUUGAAUGUAGAGUUGCCAUGAUUGCUAAUCAAACAUAUGUCAUGAGUUGCUUUAGUGGUAGGCCAGAAAUGGAUGUAGAGCUGAUCAAUAGUGAUCCAUAUGCCCAAACUACUGUUCCAACACCGUUAGUUGAAGAAUGUAUCCGUAGAUGUCUUCUCUCAACUGUUACCAACAUCAAUGUGUCACAGUUGAUUAACACAAGCACCCCAGAAACCAACAAAGCGGAUGAAUUUACAAGAACAAUUGAUACAUUCAGACAAACUAUCAAACCUGUAGAUCAAUCAAGAACAAAUGGACAUUUACGUAAAUCUCCAGAAAUAUUUGACAAAAUAAAUUCCAUAUCAAACAACGCCGUCGCAGUUCCUAAUCAACAGAUGAACAAGCUGAUUGUUGAUUUGCAAGAAGUCAGAGGAUUAGAUAAUCAUGGAACGCGUAACGUACACGUGUUUGUUGAAAUGGAUGAACCACCUCAACGCUUCAGCUCAAGAAUGCCUCGUAACGGGUUGAACUGCUUGGCUACGAACGAUCACAAAUUCACUGUUUCACCAGCAUCAGAAGAAAUUCUGUUUGAAAUUUACGAAGAUGGCGAGAACGAUCAGGACGAAAGAAAUUUCCUCGGAUUGAGUAUUGUUAACUUGAGAGAAUUGAAUAAGAACGAGAAAAAAGUUUUGGAUCUGAAGCUUCAAGGACGCCCGUAUUCGAAUGAUAAUGUUAGCGGACAUCUGAAAACAGCGUUCAAUUUCUAUCAUGAUGCUAAUACAGUGCAAUCAGGAACGAUUGUUGAUACAGUCAAAAUACGAGACUCUAAAGGCUGUGAAUUUCGCGAAACAUGUACUACCAAGAGGAGAACAUUGGAGGGAGGGCAGUACAUGUCUGAUGAUAUUUCUUUGACACCUUCAUCGACAACUCAGAUAACUGUUAAAACUGUAUCACAACAGCUUAAGGAGAAGCCAGUUAUUCAUUCAGUUACCGGUUCUAUGGAAAAUGCGAUUGAUCCCGAAACUCAGCUGUUGUUAAACAAACGAUUCGAUACUGACAAUAGUGAAGCAGUUAAACAGUUAACUAAUGAAUUAAAACAUGUGCAACAUAUGCAGACAAACAAUACAAUUGAAAAGGUACCAUCAGAGCGUAAAGGAAGAAGCGAAGAGAAAAGAAAGAAAGAAGGUUCACGCGACCGAUCUUUUUUUGGUGAAAUGAGAGAACGAUUGAGCGGACGUUUCCGGAAAUCGAAAAGAUCCAAGAGUGCAGAUAUUGCUGCUGCUGAUGUGGAAGAGGCUGUAUCGCUCCCUCCCAGUCGAGACCCUAGUCGUUGUCGCUAUACAGGUUACGACACCAAGUACAUGGAAUCUCAAUCUGUUAGUGGUAAAUCAAGAGGGUCAAACAGAAGUCUAUAUCAACAUUCAUCUCUUGUUCUUGAACUAGAACAAGAAGGGAAACUCAACUAUCUACUUAUACCCCCAGCAGUUUUGUCUGAGCCGGCAGCAGCCAACUUGAUGAAAAAAGGGAAAAAGCUGCAUAUUUAUAAUGAUCAUACAUUCGUAGCCGUGAAAAUUCAUGGAGGUGUGAGCUGUAAUGUAUGCGACAAGAGAAUGAGAGCUAGUUUCUCAAAACAAGGAUAUCAGUGUAGAGACUGCAAAAUGAUUUGCCACAAGUCGUGUCAUUAUAAGAUCGAUGGUUUCUGCUCUCAGAGUUCAUUAUCGAAACUGCAAAUCGCUCGCGACAUUGAUUGGGCUCAUUUUCUUAGUCAUUAUCCCUUAGAAGAAUUUAUUUCAUUCGAUGGAAUCUAA